CGCGCCAUGUGGAAGGCGGCUGUUUUGUGGGUCCUGCUGAUGCUCUGCCCUGGGGGCAGUGGGCUGUUCCGCUACUUGAACAGAAAUAUCCGGGCGCCGCCUCAGGGAGACGCAGGGCCGCCGUUACUUCUGACUCCCUAUAUCGAAGCUGGGAAUGUCAAGGAAGCAAGACGAUUGAGUGCGAUGACCCAUCUCCAAGGACAGCAUUCAGUGAGCUACAGCGGCUUCCUCACUGUGAACAAGACUUACAACAGCAACAUUUACUUCUGGUUCACUCCAGCUCUGGUAGAGUCAUCGACCGCUCCAGUGGUUCUCUGGCUGCAGGGUGGGCCGGGAUCUUCGUCCUUGUUUGGACUCUUUGUGGAACAUGGACCUUAUGUUGUCACAAAAAACCUGACCCUGCGCACCCGAGACUUCGCCUGGACCUCCACCUUGUCCAUGCUGUACAUGGAUAGCCCGGUGGGCACAGGUUUCAGUUUUACCGACGACCCCCAGGGGUAUGCCGUCAACCAGGAUGAUGUGGCUCGAGAUUUAUUCAGCGCGCUGAUUCAGUUUUUCCAGUUGUUUCCGGAAUUCCAAGAGAAUGAUUUUUAUGCCACUGGGCAGUCUUAUGCAGGCAAAUACGUGCCGACCAUUGCAUAUUAUAUCCACGUACUCAACCCCAAGCUAACAGUGCCAAUCAACCUGAAAGGAAUUGCUAUUGGAAGUGGGUUUUCCGAUCCUGAAUCAAUCAUAGGGGGCUAUGCAACCUUCCUGUACCAAGUUGGCUUGUUGGAUGAGAAGCAGAGAAAGUACUUCCAGAAGCAGUGUGCUGAGUGUGUGAAACACAUCAAGGAGGAGGAGUGGCUCCAAGCCUUUGAAGUCAUUGAUAAACUACUGGAUGGUGACCAUUCCUACUUGGAGAAUGUCACAGGAUGUCCUAAUUUCUACACCAUUGUACAGUGCACGGAACCUGAGGAAUAUAGUUACUUUGGGAAGUUUUUGUCCCUCUCAGAAGUGAGAGAAGCCAUCCAUGUGGGAAACCGGACUUUAAAUGACGGAUCCGUGGCUGAAAAGUACAUGCGAGAAGAUACAGGACAGUCUGUUGUCCCAUGGUUAGCUGAAAUCAUGAAUAAUUAUAAGGUUCUCUUCUACAAUGGCCAACUGGACGUCCUCGUGGCGGCUUCCCUGACAGAGAGCUCCUUGAUGGCCAUAAAUUGGAAAGGAGCCCAGGAAUACAAGAAGGCAGAAAGAAAAGUUUGGAAGCUCUUUAAGUCUGACAAUGAAGUGGCCGGUUAUGUGCGGCAAGUGGGGAACUUCUACCAGGUAUGA